GUUGCAGACUCUCUCAGCGAGGCCCUAAAGGCUAUCAGUGUGAGUACGGAGCUGAUUGAAGAGGAGCUCAAGCCACAUCUGGACACAAUGCUGGCUGCUCUUCUGGAAAAGAAGGAGGAUGCUGCUGUGGAGAUCGUCAGGAGUGGGAUUCUACCCACGCUGGCUCAGGCCUUGAGGGGCAACAGCCCCCUGAGCUGCCAGGUGGCUCUAGUGGUGGCAGAGAUGGCCAGAGAAGCUGCAGUCAGGGAGCCGUGCAUCGAGGCGGGCCUGGUGAAGGUGCUGGUUCCCCACUUGAGCAGCAGCAACCAGGAGAUGCUGCUGAACACCGGCAGGGCCAUCGGACGCAUCUGCUUCGACAGCUCAUGCCAACAGGGCCAGCUGGUCCAGAGCGGUGUCGUCCCCAGACUGGUGUCCAUUAUAAGGGAGUAUCCAGAGAACGAGCCCCUGGUCAAUGUGUGCCUGCUGGCUCUUUGUAACCUGGCUGACAUGGACUCGGCGAGGGAGGCCCUGGCUGACCUGGAUGUGGCAGGGAUCCUGACCUUUCAGCUGAAACGGGCGCCGGAUGCAGAACGCCGACACAUCAUCCUGGAGAUACUGGGCUCGCUCGGCGAGAGCGAUACGCUGAAGCUGCAGUUUGCAGAGUCCGGAGUACCGGAGGCUUUAUCAGCGAUGAUUCAGGGUCUGCAGGGAGGGUCUGACCCACACGACCUCUGCAGCAUCAAGAUCGCCUCCAACCUCAUCGUGUCCCUGCUGUUGGGAGAUGAGUCCAUGCAGAAGUGUUUUGGUGAGGGAUCAGGUCUGGUGUAUCAGGAUGUUCUGUCCUGGCUGCAGAGCCACAACACCCAGCUUCAGCUUUCCGGAGCCCUGGCCGUCGCCAACUUCGCCAGGAACGACAGUAACUGUGUGAAGAUGCUGGACCUCGGCGUGGUUCCUCACAUCCUGAGCUUGUUGGAGCAGCACGUCGACGAAGGAGACGUGUCCGUCCAACACGCUGGACUGAGCGCGCUCAGAAACCUGGCCAUCCCCGCCAGCAACAAAGUGCGGAUGCUGGAGGACGGCGUGACGGAGCGGAUCAAGACGCUGCUGCGCUCCGACAUGCCGCCAGUCCAGUUCAAACUGCUGGGAACGCUGCGCAUGAUGGUGGACGGGCAAGAGGAGGCAGCCUUGGUGCUGGGGAGAGACGCGGUGCUCCUGGGGAGAGUCAUGGAGUGGUGUGAAGCCAAAGACCACGCAGGAGUGCGAGGAGAAGCCAGCCGCCUCCUGGCCGCCCUCAUCAGGCACAGCCGCAGCCCCGAAGUGGUGCACGCUGUAGCCAAAGCAGAUGGGGUUCGGCACCUCAUCUCCAUGGCAACAAGCGAACAUGUCAUCAUGCAGAACGAGGCCCUGGUUGCCCUGGCGAUAGCAUCUGCCAUUGACAUCGAGUCUGUGAAGGACCCGUUCAGGGAGGCCGAGCUGUUGCCCAUGCUGAAGAAGAUGUUGGAGGAUCCAGCCGGGGCCGUGGAGGUCAAGUUCAGUGCUUUAGGGCUCAUCUGCAGCCUGGCCAACUCCAGUGUGAUGAAGCUGGAGUUGAACUCCGUGCACAUGAAGGAAAGCCUCAGUACACUGACGGACCACAGCAGCAGUAAACUCGCCUCGCAGGCCAGCUCCAUUCUGGCCACUCUCAGCGACUCCAGCUAA